AAGAGAUGAGUCAAAAAGUUACUGUGGGCAGGAUUUCCUUUACAUUUCAAGACAACUUACUCAUGGCAAGGUGCCUGAUGCCAUCUCCGAAAGUGUUUCUUGCCAGGAGCCUGUGACCUUUUGACCUGGAUCACACCCAGCAGCCAUGGAAGCAUGUGGGUCCAGACGACUGUGCCUCUUCUUCCUCCUCCUCCUCCUCUUCAGCUUCCUCUCAUCACUAAUUUAUCAGAUCUUGUUAAUCCAGACAUUCCAUAUGCAGCAGUACCUUACACCUGGUUCUCAGAGGAAUGUCAGCAUCUUGCUGUGGCACUGGCCAUUCGGGCAUUCUUACAGUCUCAGUGGGGACAAAUGUCUUGAAAUGACUGGUAUCAGCAACUGUUCCCUCACUGAUGACAGGUCUACCUACCUAACUGCAGAUGUGGUUGUGUUCCACCACUAUGAGUUGAGCAACCGUGCGUCGGCUCUCCUCUUGCAUCUGCCUCGCCCAACAGCUCAGCGCUGGGUGUGGCUGUCCAUGGAGCCUCCAAUCAACAAUGCCAACGUCAAGCAGUUCAAUGGUGUCUUUAACUGGACGAUGAGCUACAGGCAUGAUGCAGAUAUACCUAUUCCUUAUGGAAAAACCCUUCCAGGAGCUGGAAAACAAGGUUUCCAACGUUUUUCAGACCGUUCCUGCUUUGCCAGCUGGGUGGUCAGCAAAUACAAGCCCAACCAGACUCGCAAUGACGUUUACCAAAGUCUGAAAAAGUACAUCCCCAUCCAGGUAUAUGGAGCGUGGAACAAGAAGCCACUCCCAGACGAUAGGUUGCUGCCCACCAUCUCAAACUGCCUAUUUUACCUGUCUUUUGAAAACUCAGAGGCAAAAGACUAUAUCAGUGAGAAGAUGUGGAGGAAUGCGUUUCAAGCAGGGGCUGUUCCAGUGGUUCUUGGCCCUCGUAGGGCCACCUAUGAGGCUGUGGCUCCUCCACAUUCCUUCAUCCAUGUGGCUGAUUUUAAAAGUGUAGCAGAACUAGCUGCUUACCUGUAUGAAGUGGCUGCAGACAAGCAAGCCUAUGAGGAGUAUUUCAAGUGGCACCAGACUCACAGGAUUAAAACCUACACUGACUGGAGAGAACGGCUCUGUCAGAUCUGCCUUAAGUACCCCAGUUUACCCUCCAAAAACGUCUACCAGGAUCUGGAGGGCUGGGUAAACAGCUGACAUUCCUCAAACUUCUGGCUGAAAAUGUGCAAAGAUUAUGUAAAGAUACAUGUUUACAUAGGCUGCAAAGCUGAACUUCCUUGGUCAGCCUCACAGACCUGGUAAACAGUACAGAGCUAAAACAGAUCUCAGUGGUUGACUGAGUAAGUUAUGUAAAAAUCCAGAACAAAGAAGCUGUUUAAAGACACAGGUUUCCUUUAACUGAAUUAGUUGAGCAGAUAAAUCAUUGAAAUCUCUUUUUAAAUUAUUAUAUCCAAACCUGAUCUAGCAGAUGAAAACUGUGAUCCUAUCUCAAUAUGGCUGAAGCUAAAUGUGCACCACCUUAAUUUUUAAUUCAUUCUAAAACCGUAAAGAGAAAAAGAUGAAAUUGGUCCGAGGGACCAUUCAGUUAUGGUCUCUGUGCCAGCACAUAUCAUCAUAAGAAAUUUAUUUAGUAUUAUGUCUUCAGUACAGGGCCAUAACCAGGACCAGAACCAGUUCUACAGGGACAUUGGCCCCUGUUGGCCCCUCUCUAGAACCGCCCAUGCUGGACAACCAGAAACUUUUUAAGCUUUAAGAAACUAAACCACACCAUUCAACUUCACCAAACAUCAUCAAAUAAAUUUAGAUUAUUUAGUAGCCUGCAAGGUGCUUUGGAAAAAAGGUAAACUGAUGCAAUUCAAAAACAGCAACAUGCAAUACAAGAUUUACAUUAAAUCAGCGAUCCAGCAAUUUUUUCUAUGCACAUGCAUUAGUCUACUGAAUUCACUUUAGAGGCAGUAUGACAGAAUCCCUCUCACAGCUCUUCCAGUAUGCAUAAAGCAGACAAAGAGUUCAGUCCUCUGACUGAACUGAUUGCCAUCUGAUCAGGCCGGUCAGAUAAUCAGGCCAUCCUCAAUCUGCUGGUUCAGAGAUUGCCUUCAGUUACUGUGAAGCUGUGGAACAAGCUCUCACCUGGCUUUAAACCACCACGGCUGCUUUAACAAUCAAAAUCAAAAGUCAACACUUUUCCUCCAAGUCCCUCAAUAACAACCGAAAGUGAGUUUACCAUUGUGUAAUCCAGUCAGUUUCUGGAUUUUCAUUGGAUUUUUACACCCAUUAUUAGUCUAUCAUGAGUUAUUCUUAUA